CAACCCCUCCAUCGACGACAACCACCCCUCACUCAUCACUUCCACUUACGGGGGCUCCUUUCGACAAUUUACAUCCUGCCAGACCCGCCGCCUCUUUCAUCCACACCAAUUCUCAAACGUCAUCCGUCGUCAAUCUUGAAUCUUGCUCAUCCUUAGCAGUUUUUUUUCCCUUCCUCCCACUCCAAUUCCUUGGAGCAUCACUGUGUGUCCAGGAAACUUCGAUUGCAUCUCACCUUAGCACGCGAAAACGGUAGCGAAAGCCAAGCAGCAUAAGCUCAUCCCGCCAGCCCAUCAUGGCAGAAAAGUGCGUCCACCAGGGCUGCGGCAAGCUCUACUCUGAUGCUGAGGAGCCAUGUGUCUACCACCCCGGUCCUCCCGUCUUCCAUGAAGGCCAGAAAGGCUGGAAGUGCUGCAAACCCCGUGUCCUCACCUUUGAGGAGUUUAUGGCCAUCCCCCCCUGCACAACCGGCAAGCACUCCACAACCGACCUCCCCCCAAAGAUCGAGCAGAAGCCCCAAGCGGACCCCGCGGACGCGCCCUCUCUCCUCGAUAAGCUCGCAUCGGCAGCGGAACCGGCACGCAAGCCCCUCUCCCAAGCCACAGCCGCUCCCUCCCCUCCGCCUCCACCCCCGGAGUCCGAGUCCGACGACGCUUCCCUCGAGAUUCCCGACGGGACCACCUGCCGUCGUAAAGCCUGUUCGGCCACCUACCGCAAGGCCUCAUCGCGCGAUGGCGAAUCCUGCGUCCACCACCCCGGUGUCCCCAUCUUCCACGAGGGUUCUAAGGGCUACAGCUGCUGCAAGCGCCGUGUUCUCGAGUUUGACCAGUUUAUGAAGAUCGAAGGUUGCAAGACCAAGGGCCGUCACCUGUUCAUCGGAAGCGGCAAGAAGAAGAACGCUGCGGCAGCUGGCGGCGAGGAGAAGCUCGACACAGUCCGCACCGACUUCUACCAGACCCCUUCUACUGUCAUCGCCUCCUUCUUCCUCAAGAAGAUCGUCAAGGAUUCGGCCAAGAUCGAGUUCAAGUCGCAAUCCAUCGCCCUUGACCUGCCCACCUCAGACUCGCCGCCCAAGCGCUACACCACCGAGGUACCUCUGUUUGCGCCAAUCGAUACGGAAAAGUCCACCUUCAAGGUGCUUGGCACGAAACUUGAGGUGAACCUUGCCAAGGCCGGCGGUGAGUCGUGGCCUGUCCUGCGCAGUGAUGACCGUCUCACUGGUGAGAUAUUACAAAUCGGCAAGGCGGGGCGCUUGCAAUAGUCCAAGACACCACAACAUGUACGGACUUACACUCGCGCACUCGCGUUCCCCGGGAGAGCAUUCAUGCGGGCUAUCGGAGUUAGAUGGUUACAAACCCCAGGAGAAACGUCAGCCAAAAGAGAUGAUGAGAUGACGCGAGAGAGAAGCGAAUGAGGAAACACGUGUGUGAGACACGGGCGACCUCUAGACGCACAGAGGGGGAAAGAAAAAAAGAGAAAGAAAGAUACAC